GAGAAAUUAGAUAUGGUGUUUUGGAGAAGAUUUUUUUGUCAUCUUUGAGCAGUGGGCAAGCAGUAACUGGUGAACUCAAUACUGAGGAAGGCUAUGGCACUUGAAUGAGGUCUACUCUGCACUUACAGAAAGUGUGACUGUAGUUACGGCUCUGAUAGAGAAAACCUGAAAGUGUAGCAAGAGCCAGAUAUUGUAUUGGGAAAUGCCUAAGCAACUUAGAAGUUAAAUAUGGAAGUAUGUAUGUGUGGAGUCUGGGGGAUCGGGGUCACGUUGUUAAGUAAUAUGACAAAUGUGGGCGAGGGAUGUUAGAAGUCAUUGUGAAUACACAAAUACCCUUAUUCUCGUCAAUGGAAACAUUUUGUGAAUGAACUACAGUGCAGGUUUAAUUAAAGUGCCUUGUGCCAGUACGACAACUAAUUAUAGAUUUGUAAUUGCAGUACAAAUCAUCAGACUUUAAGUGACCCCAACAUUUAAAGUUCUGACUUAGAGCCAUCAAAGCUUUUAAUGGAAAUGCACUCCUGCUGCGAGAAAGGCCCACCAGCAAAGUUUAAUCAGCUUUUACUUUUGAAUUAAACUUCCUGAUAAUGACUAAGAAUAGAUGCUGUACUUGACAGAAGUGAGAGAAUGGUCUGGGUGAGCAAGCAACACAGUGCAGACAGCGUAGCAGGAGGUAGGGAAAUGUUAAGUAGUCUUUGUGGAGCUGCAAGUGUAGUAGAAGCAGUGGCAAAUGGUAACCAAGGAUUCUGAAAAAUUUGCCUAGUGGUGAUCAUUCUGCACAACUACAGUUAUGAAGCAAAUCAUCUCAGAUGCCAUAAUGGUCACAUUAACCAGAUGGUCUCUCGUGCUGAUUUACAUCGACUUCCUGUGGACCCCAGUUUUGAAUUUGGGCCAGUGGUUUCCCAAAAGCCUCCCGUGUGAUGUGGUGCAAAACGGCUCUGAAGUCCUUGUGGACUGCAGCAAUCGGCAGCUGCGUUAUGUCCCAACUGGCUUCCCUUUCAACUCCACUAACAUCACAUUGACUAUCAACAGCAUCUCCAAGGUGCACCCCUCCUCCUUCUCUGGGCUGAAUCACUUAAUGGAGAUUGAUCUCAGGUGUAACUGUGUGCCCGUCAGACUUGGACCCAAAGACCGGGUGUGCACAAAGCCCCCACUAUUAAUGAGAGAUGCAUUCUCCUCUUUGCCAGCAUUGAGGUCAUUGUACCUGGAUGGUAACCAAUUGUCUGGCAUACCACAAGGGCUGCCUCAAACCCUCACCUUACUCAGCCUGGAAGCCAACAGCAUCUUCUCUCUGGACAGGGCAAACUUUUCAAAGCUGACCAAUCUCGAGAGCAUCUAUCUUGGCCAGAACUGCUACUAUCGCAACCCUUGUAACACUACAUAUUGGAUUGAGCAGGACACCUUCUACAACCUGAGCCACCUUGCUGUCCUGUCGCUCAAGGACAACAACCUAACCCAUGUCCCCCAACAUUUGCCCCAAAGCUUACGGCAGCUCAUCUUGUACAACAACAGGAUCUGGCAAAUCAACGAGACAAACUUUGCCAACUUGAUCAAGUUGGAAAUCCUGGACUUGAGCGGGAACUGUCCCCGCUGUUACAACGCUCCAUUCCCUUGUCAGCCCUGUCCUCCUCCAGGACACAUUGAUAUCCCUCCCAAUGCUUUUGAUGCACUGCGAAAACUAAGAAUCUUGCGCCUCCACAGUAACUCUCUGACAACUGUACGUAGCUCUUGGUUCAAAUACACCACCGACCUGAUGAUGUUGGACCUCUCUCAGAAUUUUCUAGUGACAGAAAUAGCUACUGCCUCAUUCUUAAGACACCUCAGCAGUCUGAAAGAGAUAGACCUGUCCUUCAACUACCAGCUGUCAGUGUACCCCAAGCAUCUGAACUUGUCCACCAACUUCUCAUAUCUCAAGUCCCUGCAGAGCUUAAAGAUACGGGGCUAUGUGUUCAAGGAUCUGACAAGCGAGAACCUCAAGCCACUGCAGGGACUCAGCAAGCUCAAGCUCUUGGACCUUGGGACUAACUUCAUCAAAGUGGCUGAUCUCCAGAUCUUCACCCAUUUCCGCACCUUGCAGGUCAUCAACCUCUCAGAGAACAAGAUCUCACCCUCUUCCACCAAGUCGGCAGGUGGCUCCUGUGGACUGAACAGCCAGUUGCAACAAGAUGUCGGGUUGUUUUACGGAUCCCCUGACCAAUUGCGAUACUUUCGCUAUGAUGAGUUUGCACGGAGCUGCAAGUCCAAAAACAAGGAGUAUUACCACCUGUCACCAAUCACACAGAGUGAAUGCAACCAUAAGUUCUCCACCUUGGACUUAAGCAGGAACAACAUCUUCUACAUCGACAAGGAACAGUUCAAGAACUUGUCCUUCAUUAUGUGCCUGAAUCUCUCAGGCAAUGCUCUCAGCCAGGCACUCAAUGGUUCUGAGUUCCAUCACCUUCCUCACCUGCGAUACCUGGACCUCUCCAACAACCGUAUUGACCUCCUUCAUAACACAGCCCUCCGGGAGCUGCAGGAACUGGAAGUGUUGGACCUCAGCAACAAUAACCACUAUUUUCAAAUGGAAGGCUUGACUCACCAUUUAAAUUUCAUCCACAGUCUGGGCAACCUCUCAAAACUCAUUUUGAAUGAGAAUGAUAUCUACUCAUCGGCUGACCCUCAGCUGUGGAGCAACUCACUGAGUGUGCUGGAGUUCCGAGGAAACCAGUUGAAUUACAUGUGGGGUGAUGGUAAUGACAUGUACGUCGGGUUCUUCGAGAACCUCUCCAAUUUGAGCCGCCUUGAUCUCUCAGGGAACAGUCUGAAAUUUGUCCCACCCGGAGUCUUCGAUCACUUGCCCCAUGCCCUUAAGCAGCUGGUGUUGAGUGAUAACGAACUGCGGAGCUUCAACUGGGGCAGGCUUCAUCUGUUGAGCCAGCUAGAGCUGCUGAAUCUUGGGAAUAACCAGUUGAGUACUGUACCCCGGAAACUGUCCAACUGCACCCGCACUCUCCGAAACUUCAACCUCACCCGCAACCGGAUCUCCAAGUUGACAAAGGACUUCCUCCAGGACGUCACUUCCCUGCAGUACCUGGAUCUGAGCUACAACAACCUGAAAACCAUCCAGAAGUCCAGUUUCCCAGACAGUGCUGUCAAACACCUCCGCGAGCUGAGGCUAAGCGGCAACCACUUCCUCUGUACCUGUGAUGCGGCCUGGUUUGUCUGGUGGAUCAACCACACCACGGUCUACAUCCCCCGCCUAGCUACUGAUGUCACCUGUGCCUCCCCUAAAGCCCAUCGCGAGCAUGCUGUGGUUACAGUCGACCUGCACACCUGUGAGCUGGACUACCUCAGCAUUUCUCUCUACUCCUUCUCUGCCCUGACUACCUUCUUGCUGCUUGUGACCUCUGUCGCCGGCCACCUGUUCAGCUGGGACGUCUGGUACAGCUACCACUUCUGCCUGGCCAAGUUCAAGGGCUACCGGCGCAUUCCCAAUGACAAGACAGCCUACGGGGCAUUCGUUGCUUAUGACACCCAUGACAACGAGGUGGCUGACUGGGUCCUCAAUGAGUUGAUAACCAAUCUGGAAGAGCAGGGUGAGCGGCAAUUCACUCUCUGCUUGGAAGAACGGGACUGGGUGCCAGGUAAACAUGUCAUGGACAACCUGUCGCAGAGCAUCCAUCAGAGCAGAAAGACCAUUUUUGUCCUCACCAGCUGCUACGUGAGCAGUGGGAGCUUUAGAAGUGCUUUCUACAUGGCUUACCAGCGGCUGCUGGAUGAGAAGGUCGACGUGAUCAUUUUGGUUUUCCUGGAGAAGGUCUUGCAACGCUCCAAGUACGUCAGACUGAAAAAGCGACUGUGUCCGAACUCUGUCCUGGUGUGGCCCUCUAACCCCCAUGCCCAGCCCCUGUUCUGGCAGCGUCUGAGGAGUGCAUUAGCAACAGACAACCAUCCGCAGUAUAGCAAGGUCUUCAGUGACAUGAUAUAACUGCCAACUUUAGAUUCAGGUGUGAAAUUAUUAUCUAACAAACCUAAGUGGACAAUGUAACAUCGGAAAACCUUUGCUAUUUUUACUACAGUCAUACAGGAACUUUGUACUCCUGGUGUGUUAUGUGCAAUUUUGGUCUCCCCAACCAAGGAAGGAGACACACCUGUCUUGGAGGGAGUGCAGCAGGGGUUCACUGGACUGAUGCCAGAAUUAGCUGGAUUGUCCUUCAAGGAGAUAUUGAGUCAACGAGAUUUGUAUUCCAGAAAAAUAGGAAGCUAGUUUAUUGAAGCCAACAACAUUCUAACAGGGUUUGACAGGCUUGACAGGAGGAAUAUUUUUCUCCAUGCUAGAGGUUUGGGUUAAGAGGUUAUCAUCUCAAGAUAACUGGUCAAGUUAUUUAGGAAUAAGAAAUGCAAGUUUCUUCACUCAGAAGGUCAGGUGAGGUGAGGGCCUCUCUUGGUCAGAGUUGACCAUGAAUAUUCCAUCCUAGCUGUCUAGAUAUGCAAGCCUGGGCAGUACAAUACAGAGAGCAAGCUGCAGCCCAUGUAGCAACCUCUCCCUCCCCACACAUCUGAUGGACCCACAGGAACAGCAGAGACUGUUACAGUUUGGGACCAGGAGCAUUGCAGGAGUUCCCAGCCAGCAUUGAGCUCAAUGUAGGACUGCCUUAGGGUCUCCUGCUCCAGAUCGUUCCCUUAGAGUUUACUCCCAAAGCCUUCCCCGUGAGUGGAUAUAGCUGCAAGGCAGCAGUGGUUUGAGAUCAGAGUUUUCCUCCCCCCAGAUGAGCUGCUAACCAGGGCUGCCGAGUCCCAUCUGCCCGAAGUGACUGAUGUUAAGGCUCCAAUCUUUGCCUCCCUCUCCUGUUAGUAAAAAUGGGCUUAGUAGCUAAGCCCCACGUGAAGGCCAAGAGCUGGACUUGAUUGUCAGAGGCUAUAUGAGGUGCACUCCAUAGGGAGCGUUUAAUAGGUAGUAGGAGCUUGACCCCAUUACCAUCCCACCUAUAACUGUUAAGGACCCAGAAGGUGGUGAACCUGAAAAGCCCUUUGCUGCAGAAGGUACUCAAGGCCAAGACUAUCAAACAGGUGCAAUGUAGGUUUCUAGACACCAAUGAAAGCAGCGCUUUUGAAUAUUUGUAAGACAGAGCUAGGUAGGUUAUUGAUAAGCAGGGAGAGAAGAGGUGUUUAAGAAGAUAGGGAGUGGACAAGAAUAUGGUAUGCGAUACAAGAUUUGCCAUGAUUGUAUUGAAUGGCAGAGCAGGCCAUAUGUUCUAUGAUUAAAAUUAUAAUACUAAUUAAACAAUCAAUGCAAAUGUUGGAAAGUAAAGUAAAUAAAGCAGGAGAUGCUGAAACCUGAAGCAAAAAUGUUGGAAGAAUUCAGCCAGUCAAGGAAGCAGAAACCAGGACAAAGACCUUUAUCAGAUCCGACCUGUUAAUGAUGCGGUUUGACCAGCUCUGUUUUCCAGGUUUUUCUGAUUUUGUUUUAAAUAUAAGAAAGGUUUGUUUUUCAUUAUAUUGCCAAACUAUUAGCCACCCUGUAUGCGUGUCACACUUAUUCUCUCAGUUGAUACAUGUGAAUUAGGAGCAGCCAUAGCCAUUAACCCUCUCAAGCCUGUUCCUCCAUUCAAAGAAAUCUUAGCUGAUCUCAGUUUAAUAAUGACUACCCAUGGAAGCCUCUUCACUCCCUGCUUAUGAACAAUCUAUCUACAUCAGCCUUAAAAAUAGUCAAAGCUACUGCUCUCAAUGCUCUUUGAGGAAAAGAAUUCCAAUCACUUGUAAUCCUCAGAGAGAAAAGAAAUUUAUCUCUUCACUGGUGCAAGUAAACAGCCCCUUAUUUUUAAAUUUUUUACUUACUUACUUACUGCCUAAUAUGCCACUGGCAUUUAGGGCAGCAAUGAAUGUCCUCCAUCUCUGACGGUUUGCCAGUCAGAGUUGUUAGCCGUGAGCUGAACCCAUGAACCCAGAGGGCCGAUGGACCACUCUCAUUCUGGCCUCUACCUGUUCACCUGUCUGACAUGGGUUGCCCUACCAAGAGCCAAAGCAUGAAGCCCAGUCAACAUAGCUCUCGGGGUCACUGAGGCACAUAAGUCUCCAAACUCAACAACAAGGCUGUAGUCCUCUUGGAAGUUAUUCUAGAUUUUCCCAUAAUUGGACACAGCCACUCCUCAUCACUACUGCCAAAAUGCUUUAGGAUCAAGAAAAUAUCAGGAAGAAAUCGCAAGCUAAUGAAUGAGAUAGAUCAUAUGACUAAUUGGUACAAAAGUUGAAAGUAGACAACUUGCAUAGUUGCUGUCAAUUAUUCCCCUGAUUAACAUCAGACUGAAUUUUUAAUCACAGGCUUUUCAAAACUCAGUAACAAUUCUUACAUCCUUGAAUAAUGAUGUGAUUUGGUGUAUAUCACAGCAAGAACUGUGCCAAAUAAGCAAAUAAAAGGAUUGAAAGAAAUUUGUUUAAAACACAACAUAUUGUUUUUACCAUUUCGAGCAACUGUAGAGAGCUGACUGAAUUGAAGCUAAAGUUAAAUAACAUUUUGUCAGAAAUGGGAAAGUUGGUUGGUGCGACUGUAACGAAACCUAAUUUCCCUUGGGAUCAAUAAAGUAUGUCUGUCUGUCUGUCUGUCUUCAGAGCAUGGGCACAUUUUAAGUUGUACAGAAAGCACAGUGUCUACGUUAACAUCUAUGACGAAUGGAGAAGAGAGAAUUCAUGACAAAAUUUGUGUCUCGUGAAUAUAUUAAACAUGUAGCCUGGGGAAAAGUACACACUGAGGACAACAAUACUUUUUUAGGUCUUUAAUUCCUUUAUCUGUUUUAAUGCAGAUAAAAUAAAAAUGACAAAAUGGAUUUAAAAACAAACACAGUUCCCAUUGUUAAAAUUUCAGCUUGAUUUCAGUCC